ACCAGAAAAUCAAUAAAGAGGAGAAGAACAAGGCACGACACGUGUCUUUGGCCAUCAAUUUUGUGCAUGUGUGUUCGUGUGAUUUGAUGUGAUCGAUCCUGUGGGCGAAUUUCCAACAAUUGGUAUCUAGAGCAAGGUUCGAGUGAAGCUGCGCUUGCCCCGGGGUGGCGACCCUGCUAGCGCCUCGGGGCGGGCAAUAGAGUCGUUGUUGUAGCGACGAAGAGGAGCGGGCGAUAUAGUCGCUGGUGUACCGACAACGAGGAGUGGGCGAUAUGGUCGCUGGAAUGCAGCGACGAGAAGGAGCAGGCACUUGUCGUUCGAGCGGCGACAAGGAGGAUCGGGCAUUUGUCGUUCGGCGGAGCGGCGAUAAGAAGGCGGUGAGGUACUGUCGCAAGUGAGGCGACAAAUGAUUGUCGUUCGGCGAAACGACCUGGAGGAAGACGAUAUGCUAUCAUCGGCAAGGUGGUGGAAAGAGAUCGUUGAUGGGAGCGGUGGUGCCGAGGUGCGGUGCCGGAAACUCAUCAAGAUCGUAGUUGGUGGGAGUGAGGAAGAGGCGACAAAGUUGUGAAUUGUCGUCAAGGUGUGCACAUAAGUUCUUGUAAGGUGCGUCCAAGAGCUCAGGUGUGUGAGUCUUCUGCUGCAGUUAAGAUGCGUCACUGGCGGAGGAGAAUUGCAUGCGAGAGCGGGCGGAAAAAGGAAUUUGUGCCUUGCGUUUCUGUUUGUGGUCGUGGAGUUCCAGUGAGUUCAUAUACGGUGGAGAUGAGUUGCACGUAUAUGACGAGUUGUGUUGUUGCUGGAUAGGAGGUGUCGUUUGCUAAGUUGCGUCACCAACGGCAAAGGAAAAAGAUGUGACGGGUGAAUAGAUGUGUCUCCCUGUAUGCAAGAAACCGAUAAGAAGAUGAAGAUCAACGUGUAGAUGGACGCACACCAGUUAAGUUGAGUUCCUGCAUAAGGCUAUGCGUUUAGUCUGCAUGUAGCACGCUAAGAUGCGGCAGCGUGGCUGGUAGUCCGGGUAAUCGUUGGUUUUAGUUUUCAAGUCGGCACAAAAGUAUGAUGGUGAUGAUGUGAUGGCCAUUAUUGCAAGAAGAGAGAAGUUGUGGUCUGGUAAAUCGCGUCACCGGAGGCAAUCGACGGGACAAAGAUGAACAUGUGGUCCCCUGCGUGUCUUGUCGUGCAAAGAGCCAAGUGUUUGGAUUAGAGGGUGAAUGUUGGAAUAAUCCAAACAUGUCUAAAUAACAUUAGGUUUGCUAGUUUGGUUAAUUGUGAACAUGAUCAAACCGGCCGGGUAAUUAACGAGACAAGUUUAGGUAGCAAUCUACGUGCUGGAGUAGUACCUAUUGGAAUCGGCUUGCACGUCGUCCGUUAGUAGUAGGAGUCCAAUGUGGAGUCGGUCCAUGUGGUAAUCAUGAAGGCGUCUAGUACUAGCUAGUCCAGUUGAGUCCGUGUAGGUCUAGGUGUUGUGUCCUGUACGACUAGGAUUGUGUCUAGUCGGUUGGAUGCAGCACACAUAUAUAUACACAGAAAGGGCUAGCUAUUGUAACAGCGUGGAGAAAACCAGAAAAUCAAUAAAGAGGAGAAGAACAAGGCACGACACGCCUUUGGCCAUCAAUUUUCUGUGCGUGUGUGUUCGUGUGAUUUGAUGUGAUCGAUCCUGUGGGCGAAUUUCCAACAAUUGGUAUCUAGAGCAAGAUUCGAGUGAAGCUGCGCUUGCCCCGGGGUGGCGACCCUGCUAGCGCCUCGGGGUGGGCAAUAGAGUCGUUGUUGUAGCGACGAAGAGGAGCGGGCGAUACAGUCGUUGGUGUACCGACAACGAGGAGUGGGCGAUAUGGUACUGGAAUGCAGAGACGAGAAGGAGCAGGCAAUUGUCGUUCGAGCGGCGACAAGGAGGAUCGGACAGUUGUCGUUCGGCGGGGCGGCGAUAAGAAGGCGGUGAGGUACUGUCGCAAGUGAAGCGACAAGUGAUUGUCGUUCGGCGGAACGACCUGGAGGGAGACAACAUGCUAUCAUCGGCAAGGUGGUGGAAAGAGAUCGUUGAUGGGAGCGGUGAUGCCGAGGUGCGGUGCCGGAAACUCAUCAAGAUCGUAGUUGGUGGGAGCGAGGAAGAGGCGACAACGUUGUGAGUUGUUGUCAAGGUGUGCACAUAAGUUCUUGUAAGGUGCGUCCAAGAGCUCAGGUGUGUGAGUCUUCUGCUGCAGUUAAGAUGCGUCACUGGCGGAGGAGAAUUGCGAGCGAGAGCGGGCGGAAAAAGGAAUUUGUGCCUUGCGUUUCUGUUCGUGGUCGUGGAGUUCCAGCGAGUUCAUAUACGGUGGAGAUGAGUUGCACGUAUAUGACGAGUUGUGUUGUUGCUGGAUAGGAGGUGUCGUUUGCUAAGUUGCGUCACCAACGGCAAAGGAAAAAGAUGUGACGGGUGAAUAGAUGUGUCUUCCUGUGUGCAAGAAACCGAUAAGAAGAUGAAGAUCAACGUGUAGAUGGACGCACACCAGUUAAGUUGAGUUCCUGCAUGAGGCUAUGCGUUUAGUCUGCAUGUAGCACGCUAAGAUGCGGCAGCGUGGCUGGUAGUCCGGGUAAUCGUUGGUUUUAGUUUUCAAGUCGGCACAAAAGUAUGAUGGUGAUGAUGUGAUGACCAUCAUUGUAAGAAGAGAGAAGUUGUGGUCCGGUAAGUCGCGUCACUGGUGGCAAUCGACGGGACAAAGAUGAACAUGUGGUCGUCUGUGUGUCUUGUCGUGCAAAGAGCCGAGUGUUUGGAUUAGGGGGUGAAUGUUGGAAUAAUCCAAACAUGUCUAAGUAACAUUAGGUUUGCUAGUUUGGUUAAUUGUGAACAUGAUCAAACCGGCCGGGUAAUUAACGAGACAAGUUUAGGUAGUAAUCUACGUGCUGGAGUAGUACCUAUUGGAAUCGGUUUGCAUGUCGUCCGUUAGUAGUAGGAGUCCAAUGUGGAGUCGGUCCAUGUGGUAAUCAUGAAGGCGUCUAGUACUAGCUAGUCCAGUUGAGUCCGUAUAGGUCUAGGUGUUGUGUCCUGUACGACUAGGAUUGUGUCUAGUCGGUUCAUAUAUAUACACAGAGAGGGCUAGCUAUUAUAACAGCGUGGAGAAAACCAAACAAUUAAUAAAGAGGAGAAGAACAAGGCACGACACGUGCCUUUGGCCAUCAAUUUUCUGUACGCGUGUGUUCGUGUGAUUUGAUGUGAUCGAUCUUGUGGGCGAAUUUCUAACAACCCUGUGAUGAUGGUGCAUGGUUUCCUCCGACCACCGGCCGGGAAUAGGAAGAGCCGUCCAUGGCCGCAACGGUGGGAGAGAGGGCAUGGCGAGAUGAGAAUGAGAGCAACACUGCUGGGUGGUGAAUUUUCUGGAAUGAGAGUAGUCUCGUCGUCUCACUGUUGACCCCGUCAAAGAUAGCCAUGCUGGAGCUGACGUGUGUGCGAGACAAAACAGCAGCCAUGCUGCCGGAAAACGGUCACGCGAUGAGUGAUGCGGAUUGGGUCGCGCAGGCGCACAUCAAAGGGAACAUUCGCUCAUUAUAAAAUCCAAAUAUAUUAGGAACUACAAAAGUUUCAUUUUUUCUGAUAAUGGACUGUUUGUAACUCCUACAAGAUUUUUCUCCUUGAUAACAGGUUGAUCUAAAAAGCCAGGGUUAUCGAGGUCGAAAAAUGUGGCGCAAAUACUUGACUGGUUGCUGUACCCAAAUCAUCAUUCGACAUGGGUUGUCUGGCCAAAUAAAAAGAAUCAAUAGACGACUCCAAAAAAUCUCGGAGAACCAAAAGGAAUACAAGAUCGAGCAUAGACCAUCAGUGACAUUAACAUCUUCCACUACCGCCACUUCGUCAUGGCGGGAUGAUUAUACGAACGCCGUGCGUUUUGACAAAGAUAUCAAGACAAUUGAGAAAAUGCUGCUUCGUAAAGAUCACCCACAACCAAUGUUGAUCUCUAUACUUGGGGAGAGUGGUGUGGGAAAGAGAACACUCGCAAGUAUUAUCUCGGAUAAUAUGAAGGCGAUUAAUCAUUUUGAAAUUCUAGCUGAGACUGCUGGGUACAACAUGCCCACCACAGAAGCUCUCCUUCAAAAAAUCCACUACCAGAUAGCACAUCAAGGGACACGAGGACGUCAGCCAGAUGACGAAGAAGGCAUUGAUAUCACUGUCACUGACAAGAUUCGUCGCCUCCUGGAGAAAAAGAGGUACCUGGUGAUUAUUGGUGACAUAUCCUCCAAAACUAUGCUCAACUGUUUGUGGGCGUGCCUGCCAGAUGACAAUAAUGGCAGCAGGGUGGUGCUCAUAUUGGAUACCGAGAAUGAAGAAGUCGCAUCAUAUGCUAAUGCCAUGAACAAAAAUGGCAUCAACGGAAUCCACCAGUUGAACCGCUUGGAUGAAGAAAGAAGUGGACAGUUGUUCUGUUCGAGGGUCUUGAGGAAACGAGAAUACAACGAAAAUGAUGAAUACAUGAGCAUAUACGACAGAUUCAUGUUCCGCUGGAGGAAAGAACAGUCCAACGAAGAGGGAAACAUGAGGAAGUACCACAAGAUCGUUUACGAUAUAACAGGGGGUUACCCUCUGGCUAUAGUGGUUCUGGCCGGAUUACUCCGAUUCAAGGAGAAGCCGGGACAGUGGGAAGCACUGCUGCAACAGCUCAAUUCUGCUUCUGCAUCAGGAAUGGAAGAAGCACAGGGCAACCAGAUAACUGGAGCUGGACUGCACAACAAGUGGGAGAUGAGCCCUACAACAGCUAACCUGUCCACAGGAACAACGAUUGAAAGGGUCUUCUGGGCAAGCUUUGAAGACCUUCCCAAUGAUCUCAAGUCAUGCCUCCUCUACUUCGCCGCUUUCCCCAAGAAUAGCGCUCAUUAUGCCGAUGAGUUGGUGCGGAUGUGGAUGGCCGAGGGAUUCAUCAAGCCACAGAAGGGCAAGACUAUGGAGGAGCUCGGUCACAACUACCUCAAGGAACUGGUGGUGAGAUGCCUUGUCCAGAUUGAAGACAUGAAUGACGUUGGUGGCAUUAAUAAGGUCAUGGUUCACAGAAGCUUCCAUGGGUUCCUGCAUUCAGAGGCUCACGAGGCUGGCUUCAUUGAGGUUCAUGACAAACAUGACAUCUUUGUUCCACCAUCGGUGCGCCGACUCUCUUACCACAGUCUCAACGGCAGAUAUACCACAUUCACCAACAAGUUCCCUAAGCUGCGUUCCUUCUUGUGCCAAGUCAGUGUGUUAGACCAGGACCAGGAUGCCAACAAGGAUUGGUAUGAUCUCAAGUUUCUGCGUGGGUCCAAGUUCCUGCGUGUAAUCUCCAGUAAGGGAUUGAGGCUUGAUAGUUUGCCCGAUGAGAUUGGUGACCUGGUCCACUUGCGGUACCUGCGUGUUCAAUGCCUGGACCUGCAGGAGCUCCCAUCAAGCAUUAAGAGACUGCUCAAUCUGCAGACACUGGACUUAAGGGGUACUCAAGUCAACAAGAUUGACGCAUGCUUCUGGAAGAUUAAGACGCUGCGACAUGUGUUUGCAGACAAGCUCAUGCUUCCAGCGUCCAUCACAGAAGAACUGAACGAGCUGCAGACGCUACAUGGUGUAAAGCCUGACAAUGAAGGAGAAUGGAAUCAACAUAAUUGCCCACUGCUUAAGAUGACCAAACUCCGGUCAUUGAACCUGUGUGGGUUCAAGCAUGACAAGCAUGGGGCUGCACUGGAGGGUGCCCUCACAAAGAUGCAUCUCCUUGGCCGCUUGAAGCUGCAAGGUGAUGUGAUUCCUUCAUGCGUCUUCACUGCACACAGCCUACGAUACCUUCAGAUGCUAGUCCUUAGUGGCACUAUCAAAUGGGCUGAGGUUGCAUCAGAUGUUCGCAAGGUCCGACCGAACCUCGUUCAGCUCAUAGUGUUCAAGAGUAGGAGUGAGGAGGUGCCCCAUCACAUCAAGGACCAACUGCAGGAGAUGCUAGAGGUAAUCGAUGAAUAGAACUGGAUUAUGCCUUCUCAUCUCAUCUACAAACUCAUGUUGCCAGUUCAAUAAAUUGGUUUGGUGCCUUACAAACAAGAAGAAAGUUGCGGUAGAGCUGAAUGGUACACUACAUAAGGUGAAGGAAAAUGUGUCUUUGUUUGUCACUCGUGUCUCCAAAUGUCUUUAGUUCGUGAAACAAUGUAGUAUUGUACCGUGUUACUAUGUCAUAGUUGCUUCCAAUCUCUAUU